UGCUCUGUCCAACAUUCCUCUCAUAACUGAUAAGUAUCAUCCACAGUGAUCAUAACAGGGGUAUUUCAGGAAGAGUUAGAGAGAGAAGAGUUUUGUGAGUGAAAAUUCUGCGAGUUUUUUUUUUGAGUGAUGGCUAGCACCGCUGGGAAGAGCAUCAAGUGCAGAGCUGCGGUAGCGUGGGAGGCUGGGAAGCCUCUGGUGAUAGAGGAGGUGGAGGUGGCUCCGCCGCAGGCCAACGAGGUCCGCCUGAAGAUCUUGUACACUGCACUCUGCCACACUGAUGUCUACUUCUGGGAAGCUAAGGGCCAGAAUCCGGUGUUUCCUAGGAUCUUUGGGCACGAAGCAGGAGGGAUCGUUGAAAGCGUCGGUGAGGGCGUGACUGACCUUGCACCAGGAGACCAUGUACUCCCCGUUUUCACCGGAGAAUGCAAAGCAUGUCCACAUUGCAAAUCAGAGGAGAGCAACAUGUGUGAUCUCCUCAGGAUUAACACCGACAGAGGAGUCAUGAUUGGAGACGGUCAGUCGAGAUUCUCAAUCAACGGAAAGCCCAUCUACCAUUUUGUUGGGACCUCCACAUUCAGCGAGUACACUGUUGUGCAUGUCGGUUGUGUCGCCAAGAUCAACCCUUCUGCUCCGCUCAAUAAAGUUUGUAUCCUUAGUUGUGGCAUUUCGACAGGCCUUGGAGCUACUCUGAAUGUUGCAAAACCGAAAAAGGGUUCGACGGUGGCUAUCUUUGGAUUGGGGGCUGUAGGCCUUGCUGCUGCUGAAGGAGCUAGGAUUGCUGGGGCUUCUAGGAUCAUUGGUGUUGAUCUGAACCCGGCAAGGUUUGACGAAGCAAAGAAAUUUGGGGUAAAUGAGUUUGUCAAUCCAAAGGACCAUAACAAGCCAGUUCAGGAGGUUCUUGUUGAGAUGACCAACGGAGGAGUGGAUCGCAGUGUGGAAUGCACGGGCAAUGUUGAUGCCAUGAUAUCUGCUUUCGAAAGCGUUCAUGACGGUUGGGGUGUUGCAGUACUCGUCGGCGUGCCUCACAAAGACGCAGUGUUCAAGACCCAUCCGAUGAAUCUCCUUAAUGAGAGGACUCUGAAGGGUACUUUCUUUGGGAACUACAAACCUCGCUCUGAUCUCCCUUCGGUCGUUGAAAUGUACAUGAAAAAGGAGCUAGAAGUGGAGAAGUUCAUCACACAUGAAGUUUCCUUAUCAGAGAUUAACAAGGCUUUUGACUACAUGCUCCAAGGUGUUGGCAUCCGUUGCAUCAUCAAAAUGGACGGUUGAGAUCUAAAAUAAAGGUUUGCUUUAUGUAAAAAAACUUAAACAUGCCCUGAUCCUUAAUACUAUUCUAAAUAAAAAGGGCAGUUGAGUUCUUGUAUGGAGAUGAGUAGUGUUUGUUUUGGAUGCUGAAGGAGAGUUUCCUGGUGUUUGUUCAUCAGUGUUGCUUUGUAAUUUGCUUGUUUGUUACCCCCUUUUUAAUUUCAUUAGGUGUUUUCCCCUUUU